AUAUUAGAAAAAAAUGAAGGAAUGCAGAUGGGUAGUAUUAGUAAUGAUGACUAUUAUAUUUAUAGACAUACAAGGAAAAUGGAGAUGUGAUGGUUGUUUGGAGGUUGAAAGAAAUGCUCUCAUGCAAAUUAAGGCUUUCCUCAACUAUCCUAAUGGCAAUUUUCUCUCUUUUUGGGGGUUUUAUACUGACUGCUGUAAUUGGAAUGGAGUUGUUUGCAAUACUACUACAGGACGAGUUACUGAACUCCAUCUUGGAGGCAUAAGGUAUGGUUGGGAUUCAAAAGAUUGGUACCUAAAUGCCUCUUUGUUUCUUCCCUUCCAAGAACUAAAGCAUUUAGACGUAUUCAGAAAUAAGAUAGUUGGUUGCAUUAAUAAUGAAGGUUUUGAAAGGCUAUCGACAUUGGAGAACUUGGAGCUUCUUAAUUUAGGCUAUAACAACUUCAUCAACAACAUUUUAUCAUCUUUCGGUGGUCUUUUAUCUUUAACAACUUUAUAUAUAAAUGAGAAUACAUUAAAAGGAACUCUUAAUGUUGAAGAUCUGAAUUAUCUAACAAAACUGAAAGAGUUGCAUAUGGAAGACAAUGAAAUUGAAGGCUUUAAAUUUUUGCAUGGUGGUGAAGAAUUGUUGAAGUUGAACAAUCUGGAGUACCUUGACUUGAGUCUUUCAUCUCUCAAAACUUUACUUAUAAGUUACAACCAAUUGAAAGGAAUACUCAAUAUUGAAGAAUUUAAUUGUCUAAUAAGUCUUCAGGAGUUGCGUAUACAAGGAAAUGAAAUUCAAGGCUUUAAAUCUUUGCAUGGUGGUGAAGAAUUAUUGAAGUUGAACAACCUAGAGUUCCUUGACUUGAGUGUUAAUCACUUCGAUAAUAACGUUUUUUCAUUCCUCAAAGGCCUUUUAUCUCUCAAAACUCUAAAAAUAAGACACAAUCAAUUGGAAGGAUCUUUUAAAUUGAAAGAAUUAGAUGCUUGGAGCAAACUGCAGGAACUGGAUCUUAGUGGAAAUGGGAUUGAUGAAUUUGUUUCAUCAACAACAGAUUUUGGAGGUCCAAGCAAUAUGAGCAUUCUUUAUUUAGAAGAGAUCAAUACAAGUGGAAGAAGCAAUCUAAUACAAUCAUUGAAAGCAUUUCCACAUCUCAAGACACUUUAUUUGACAAAUAAUAAUUUUACAGAUGACAUAUUUGCUGAAGGCUUCCCUAUUCUCAGAAAUUUGCAACAUUUGCAUUUGGAUCUUUCUACUCUCAACAAUAGCUUCCUACAAAGCAUUGGAACACUGACUUCUCUCAAGACUCUGUCAUUAACUCAGUGUGGACUCACUGGCACCAUACCAUCAACUCAAGGGUUGUGCGAGUUGAAACAUCUCAAAGAUUUAGAUAUCUCAUUCAAUAGCCUCAGUGGUAAUUUACCUUGGUGUCUAGCAAAUUUGACGUCUCUUCAACGAUUAGAUAUCUCAUCCAAUAGCUUCAAUGGAAGUAUCAGUUCAUCACCCCUCAGCAGUUUGACAUCCAUCAAUCACCUAAGUCUUUCAUAUAAUAAGUUCCAAAUCCCAAUCUCUCUCAAUCCUUUUGUCAGCCUCUCAAAUCUUACAUCUUUUGAUUGUGUUGGUUGCGAAAUAUAUGCAGAAACAGAGGUGGAUGAUAUGACCCCAAAUUUCUAAUUGAAAUUCCUUUAUUU